AAUCCUCGGCCCAAAGUCAGCUGACUUUAAUACAACAGAAUGUAUUUAUGUUUAUGAAGAUUCCGACGUAUAUUGCCAGACUGAAAAUGGAACAGAACCAGUACAAGUGGCACUUUUACUGGGACAGGAUUUAUUAGCUCUUGCUGAAAGCGAACAGAACAAUGGGUCUUACCUAUUUCGUAACGUUCAUCUACAAAUAAACGGACUGGCGAGAAGGAAUAUGACAUGUCAGGUUUCAAAUGCAGCCCUUGAAACACCUUACGAAGUGCACGGCAUUCUAUGUAACGUAGAGAAAGGUAGCCAACCCGUUCUAACACUUCCUGAAUUUCUUGAUGGUGAAAGCUCGACAACAAUAUGUGAAGUGCGCAAUGUUAUCCCAGCUCCGGUAAUAGAUAUACAUGUUGGCAAUGUUUUGCUAUCUGAUGUUCAACAAACUGAUAUUUUUAAUGGAUCUUCUCAUACUUAUACAAGCACAGCUAAGGUGACAGCGACUAACAAACUGUGGAAUGGAAAAGAAAUGUGUUGCACCAGGAAAAGUAUUGACGACUUUGGAAUAGCAGAUCAUUCCAUAUGCAAAAACAUCAGUAUCAAAUAUCCGCCGUCGAACAUUUCAAUGUCCGUCAAAACAAUACAACAAAAAUACAACGAUAGUGAUAUCUGUUUCAUAAAUCUUUCUUGUGAAACGAAUGAAUCAAAUCCACCUUGCGCCAUUGAUUGGUCAAGCAACAGGGAUGAUUUAAGAUAUAUUGAUACAUUUAAUGGGACUAUUGGUGAACAUGGGAGUUACCGUUUUGUUUCCAAUGCGAUUUACAUAGUGGCUAACGGCAUGGCUAGGGGAACCAUUACAUGUUCCACAAGAUGCAAUCAUUUCUCAUCCCAUUUAACUCAAAAUUAUACCGUAUCAUUUUCAUGCAGUCAAUCCCAUGACAUUCAGACAUUGUUUUCAACAUUUCGAUUCCCAGUCAACAAUGUACUUAUUGGGGCAGCCGUUUUCUGUGGACUUUGCAUCUUCUUUGCAAUCGGAAGUAAGGAUUGUGUAUCAUUAUCGUAA